UUUACUUUUGCACAUUUCCAUUGGAAUUAUCUGAAUCCAGCAAACUGAUUAAGACGGAUUAAUUAACGAGGAUGAACUUUCUAAUGGAGAUUUCUUUACUUCUAACAAGUUUCUUGUUGUUGUUGCUGUUUGGUGUUCCAGUUGUGAAAUCUCAAGCAGUGACAUUCUCCAUCUCUACUUCUGCCAAAAUUGGUGAUUCUGCUCAGUUCUUCUGCAAUGCCACCACCACAGUACUUCAGUACAAUGCUAUUUUCAUGCAUAAUGACAACCAGAUUGCUACAGCCUUUACUCCUGUUGUUUCAGGUCAAAGUGAUCCCAACACUUCAGUCAAUGGUUCAGGCAACCAGUAUUACUAUAAGUAUACGAUCAGUUCUUUGUCUUGCUCUGACCGAGGGAAUUACAGGUGUGAGGUGGUGAAUCAAAAUGCUGCUGCAUUGAAGAGUAACAGUGAGACACUUGAUGUUCUGGGUCCAGCUGGAACUCCCAAUCUGACGGCUCCUUCUAAUAAUCAAAUUCUCAAUGACAUUGUCACCGUUUUUUGCGAGAGUAACGUUGGAAGUCCUGCACAGGAAUUACAACUUUGUGUUGGCAAUACCUGCGCUAAACCAAACCCACCAGUUAAACAGGUCGAUCAGUGCAUUUUCACACAAACUGCAAGCCUAACAUUUCAAGUCACCAAGACAACCAAGACGGCUACAUGUAGAGUGGGGUCAAGUUCUUUGGAAGAUAAACAAACCUGGGAAGUUGACUAUCCCGUUGAUGCCAUCAGACUAAUUCCAGAUGUCACAGAAUGGACACUGGUUCGUGGCACGAAAAGAAGAUUUCGCUGUGUAGCAUUCGGCAACCCUGACCCCACAACCAUGUGGGAGUUCUUCCCAGAGACAUCUCAAACUAGCAGGAUAUCUUGGGGUAGAACUAUGGAACUGGACCCUGACACAAGUGGGGUGUAUGUGUGUACCGCUAACAACACGGUUGGCGGAAUCUCCUAUAACUUGACCAAGACUGUGACCGUUACCAUCUUUAACUCAGCCAUCACGUUUGUAGAUUCAGUAAGACCCUGA